AUGAAGAAAAACCAAAAUCCCUAUAACCCAUACCUUCCCAAAGAAAAUGGUUCUACAAGUUUUCCAGCCUCUAUUGAUCCUCCUUCAAAUGCACCAGACCCGGUUCCUUCUUUCGCAAGUCUCCCACUUCAAUUCGAUUCUAAUCGAUCGAGUCUAUCGAUGCGUUUCGCUCGUCUAUCUACUUCAGAAAACCAACAAGUACGCCAGCCAAUAAUCACUGAUCCACAUAAUCAAGAUCAGUAUCUUCUCACCUCUGACAUUGGCUCUUUUUCUCAUGGAUCUGGCGCUGUUUUCAAAGCUCUAUAUACCGAACACAGACCAGAUUCUGAAAUAACUGUGCAUUCUAGAUGGGUCACUUUGAAGAUCAUCGAUAUGAAUGAUAAUGAAAGUGAAAGUCGUGAUCUCUGGCGUCAAGGUAAAACAGGUCUUAUGGAUACUCCUUAUGGAAAAAUAAUUGGAUCUAGGAAAAUCUUCAGUGUUGUAACCAACAUUUUCAGUGAUAAUGAUGAGUUGUUAUGUGUUGUUUUGCCGUAUAUGUCUGAGGGAUCUCUUCGAUAUAUUCUAUCUACUCGCCCUCAGAAAAAAUUGUCAGAGGAAUUCAUUUUUGUUGUUCUUAAACAAGUGCUUAUUGGUCUAAGAGAUGAAAUUCAUGUUGAGUUUAAUCCAAAGGUUCAUAAAACUUUGAAUGCUGGAGAUAUCUUUGUUCAUUUCGACGAUGCUACUCAAGAAAUAUCGAUCAAGUUAGCAUAUGAAGUAUCUGCUUAUGAUUCCGAAACCCAAAAUCAAGGCAAUAAUCAAUACGCUCCGUUUUUGAAUCCGAAAAAUAUUUUUAGAUGGGGUGCUGCACCAGAGGUGUAUGAAAGAGAAAAUGAAGGUAGGAGUGGACCAAAAUCUGAUAUUUGGUUAUUUGGAAUAACAGCACUGGAAUUAGUGUAUGGGGAUUUGCCUGUUCGGAAUCGUGUAGACUUCAAUUAUAUAGUCGAUGAGAUAAGGAAGAAGAAGAAACUGCCCAACUCACUUAAAAGGAUGAUGAUCAAGAGGGAUGGGAGAUUCAAGGAAGUGAUGAGGAAUGUGGUUAAUCGAAAGAAAAGGGUGUUUUCGGAGGAGUUUGAGGAGAUUGUUCUUGCUUGUCUUAGAGAAAAUCCAGUGAACAGACCAAGUGCUGAUCAGCUUUUGAAUGCUCCAUUCUUUAGUGAUUCUAAUGACAGGUUUAAGCAAUAUGUGUUGAAUGGUAGAAAUUGA